AAAAAAUCACACAUGAAUCAAGGUUGUGACUUCUGUUUUAAUAUAUAAGAUAUAGUAUAUAUGUCAACUCCUAAAAUCUAGAAAAGAAAACAUUGAGUAAUGUUACAAUAAGUAAUUCUGUUUGUUUUGAUAUUUUUUUUUGUGUGAGUUAUAACUUAUAACAUGUUGACUAAAUUUCGGUAAUCUCCCUUUUAAGUGAAAAUUUCAUUAAUGCAUUUCAAUUAUUUUGUUAUUAUUUUAAUCAAAAAACGUAUAAUGACAUCUUUUUCUUAUAUCCAAAAAGUUUGAUUUAGUAGAGUUAUUGAUUUGCACAACAUGUGAACCAAAGAUUGAUGAAAAUUUUGUCGAACCACCAUGUGUGUGCUAUAGGAGUAGGAGCAAUGUUGUGGUUAAUGACCACGGUUGGGCCUUCCCUCUUGAAGAAGAGUUCGAACAAGUAUGUAUGCGGAAUGGGAGAAGGAUCCAAAAACAGCUUGACAAAUAUCGAGUUUGACAAUGGCCUUUUACGACUAAAAUGGACCACAUAACACUUUCUACGGGUAUUGCUUUAUUAUUUUUCAGGGUCGCUCUCUCCCUCCGGAGAUCGCUUCAUCACUACCACGCAGAAGCAACUGAAGCACAAUGGGGAUCAUCGAGAGGAUUAGAGAAAUCGAGGCCGAGAUGGCUCGUACUCAGAAGAAUAAAGCUACAGAGUAUCAUCUUGGUCAGCUCAAGGCAAAGAUUGCUAAGCUCAGGACACAACUGCUGGAGCCUCCAAAAGGUGCUAGUGGAGGCGGGGAAGGUUUUGAAGUUACCAAGUAUGGUCAUGGACGUGUUGCACUUAUAGGAUUUCCAAGUGUUGGAAAGUCCACGCUUUUGACAAUGUUAACGGGAACACAUUCCGAAGCAGCCUCAUAUGAGUUUACAACACUUACAUGCAUCCCUGGAGUAAUUCACUACAACGACACAAAGAUUCAGCUUCUCGAUCUUCCGGGUAUUAUUGAAGGUGCUUCGGAAGGAAAGGGGCGAGGAAGGCAGGUCAUUGCUGUUGCGAAGUCUUCCGAUCUUGUACUGAUGGUUCUUGAUGCCUCAAAGAGUGAAGGCCACAGGCAAAUUCUGACUAAGGAACUUGAAGCAGUGGGUUUGCGGCUAAACAAAAAGCCUCCACAGAUCUACUUUAAAAAGAAAAAGACUGGUGGAAUCUCUUUCAACACUACAGCACCCUUGACUCACAUUGAUGAGAAGCUCUGCUAUCAGAUCCUGCAUGAAUACAAAAUCCACAAUGCUGAGGUCCUAUUUCGUGAGAAUGCCACAGUGGAUGACUUCAUCGAUGUCAUUGAAGGCAACCGCAAAUAUAUUAAGUGUGUUUACGUCUACAACAAAAUAGAUGUUGUUGGAAUUGAUGAUGUGGAUAGACUAGCACGCCAGCCAAAUUCCAUUGUUAUUAGCUGCAAUCUUAAGCUGAACUUAGACAGACUACUUGCAAGGAUGUGGGACGAAAUGGGCCUUGUAAGAGUUUACUCGAAGCCUCAAGGCCAGCAACCUUAUUUCGAUGAGCCUUUUGUCCUCUCAUCUGAUCGAGGUGGCUGCACGGUUGAAGACUUCUGUAACCACGUCCACAGAACUCUGGUGAAGGAUAUGAAGUAUGCCCUUGUGUUGGGCACGAGCGCUAGGCACAAUCCUCAAAAUUGUGGUCUUUCUCAGCAUCUUGAAGACGAAGAUGUUGUUCAGGUUGUCAAGAAAAAGGAGAGAGACGAAGGAGGAAGAGGCAGGUUCAAGUCACACUCUAAUGCCCCUGCUAGAAUUGCAGACAGAGAGAAGAAAGCUCCUCUUAAGCAAUAAACUCAGCUGAUGAGUGAUCCCAAUACACACAUCUUCACCAUUGUUGGUCAUGGAUGGUUUUAGCUGAGUAGGAUGUACUAUGCUGUAUCUGAAUCAUUGUUGCCUUCUCUCGCAAUAUAAGUUUUCGAACCAUUUUACUUUUUGAAGAAUUACAAAUUUACAAGAAGUUCCUUUGUACCCUUUUUCACAAAUUAUGUUUUUGAUUUUUGAAAAGUCUGCCUAGAGAAAUGUAAUGAAAUACUCUCUGUUUUUGAAGAACCA